CUGCUGUCCGCGAGCCUCCUCUCGCGCGGCGCCCUGCUGCUGCUCGAGCGCCUCUCCGCCUCGCCCGCCGCCCUCCUCUCCAACGACUGGGUGGCCGCGCUGGCGGCGCCGUACGCGAGGCACGGAGCCUGGCGGCGCGCCGCCAGGCCGGGCGGCGGGCGGAGCUGGCCGGAGCGGUGGCGGGGCACCGCGUUCGUGCACCUGGUGCACAAUCUCGAGCCCGGCUACGACGGCGCCUUCUCCGGGGCCGAGCCGGCGCUGUCCCCCUCGCAGCUGCUGGGCCUCCCUCCCGCCCUUCUGUCGGAGGAGCGGCCAGGCGCCGCGCCGCGAGCGGGGAGAGGGUGGCGCGCCUCGCUCACGCGCGCGGCGCUGCUGACGGCCGACAGCUGGGCCACUGUCUCCGCGUCCUACCGGCAGCAGCUGCUGCGCGGCGGCGGCCCGCUCGCCCCGCUUCUGCGAGCGUUCCCGGCGCCCUUCGCGUGCAAGCUAGGCCUGCCCCUGGCGGAGCUCCGCGCCUCCCUCCACGCCGACGGACUGCUCGGCUUGACUGGCCACGCCGCCGCCAAGGCGUCGCUGCGCCGGCAGUGCUUUGGCGACGGCUGGCGUGCCACGCUGCAGGCCGCGUGGCCGGCGGCGCACGGGCGCCGAAGCGGCGGCGGCGGCGGCGGUGGAGGCGGAGGCGGAGGCGGAGGAGCAGGAGGAGGCGAGGACCCGCCGAUGUUUGUCUUCCUUGGCCGCCUUGCGCCGC